GACGGUGCUUUCGGGAUUUCCCAAACAUCUUAGCCGCGUUGGGCAGACUCAGCACUAGUCAAGCUGUUGCUCCGCCACAAAUGUUGGCGAUUAUGUGAGAAGUACCGGAGCUUAGGGCUCCGUCCUAUUCCGCGCGUGGGAAGCGUUUCCGCAGGACAGACAAAGGACAUCACGAAAUCCCGAACAGGAGCCGGGAUGAGUCAAUCAGCAUGAGAUGUGGUGUGCUGCACAUGCAUGAGGUCCGAGUAAACGCGCAAUCAUGUAUAUUAUGAGCAGUGUCGGAUCGCUCUAUCCUGAGAAAACUUCCAAGUAUCAAUACAAGCACAUAUAGACCUCAAGCAUACCCUCAAAGCGUCCCAUUCACGGCAAGACACGCGUGCAGAAUCAUUGAACCCGACCCUUUCGAGCAUGGCCGGCCCUCAAGCAUCACAAAUCGCCAUUCUGGGCGCUGGUCCCAGCGGUCUGACUCUGGCUCGGCUUCUCCGCGUCAAGGCUAUCCCCUACGUGAUCUUCGACAGAGAUGCCAACCCCUUCGCUUCGUCGGCUUCGUCUCCCGCUUUCGAUGGAGCCACAGCGAUACCGUACAUUCCGCCAACCCUCAGCAACCAGGGCGGCACGCUAGACAUUCACACCGAAACAGGCCAAUUGGCGCUCCGUGAAGCCGGUCUAUUUGAGCAGUUCGAGGCGCACGCGCGCUACGAUGGUCAAGCAUUUGUGACAGUCGAUUCAGCGGCGCAAGAUCUUACGCGGCAAGUGCCAGGACCUCACGAGCGCGGACGACCAGAGAUCGAUCGACCAGUGCUGCGCGAAAUUCUUUUGAGAAGUGUGCUAGAGCCGUUAGAUCCUGCGUCGCCGGGACAGGAAUCAACGGCAGGAGAAGUAAUCUGGGAGAAGAAAGUGGACUGCGUGGAGAAGUAUGAAAAGGAAGGCGAUGCGAGCGGAUGGCAUGUGAGGUUUGAGGAUGGGAGUGUGGCUGGGCCAUUCAAGUUGGUCGUAGGCGCUGAUGGGACGUGGUCGAAGACGAGGAAAAUCGUCACUCCGGCCACCCCGAUCUACUCGGGCAUCACAUUCUUGCAAUCUCGCAUCUCACAGGCCAACCCUAUUUACGCUCGCGCGGAGGAGCAGAUCGGUAGGGGAACCUACUUCGCCGUGACUGGCGGCAAAACAAUGAUUUGUCAGCGCAUGGGCAACGGAAGCUACAACGUAUACGCUGGAGUUCCGCUUCCCGAGAAGUGGACCAACGGCAACGGCGAUAUCUUGGAGUCGCAAGCGGCACGAGAGCGUUUCAUCCGCGAGCAGUACGCAGGCUGGGACAAAUCGCUGACCGAUUUGAUCCUGCACAGCGACGCCGGCCGAUCUCAUCGUUGGCCGCUGCACAGUCUGGCCGCGAAGGAUAUAGGCUGGGAGUCCGUGUCGGGUGUGACUCUGAUUGGAGACGCGGCUCACACAGCUUUCACCAACGGCGAAGGCGUGAACAUCGGAAUGUUCGACGCUCUGCAGCUAGUACGAGAGAUUCAGCGAUGUGGGUUAGAGCGACUGGACGAGGCGGUCACGGCAUAUGAGAAAGAUAUGUUCGUGCGCGGAAAGGAGCACAUUGAGAGCGGCGACCAUCUGGCGAAGAUCUUUUAUGCGAAGGAUGCGCCGAGGGAGGUCAUCGAGUGGCUGAGAAGCAUAGGAUUUUGAUUGCUGCAGGGGAAUUGAAUGGGACCUCUUGUCGAAGGGCCUUUGGGACACUUUGAGUGAGCUGGAAAACCUCCACUCUGUGAUUGUACAAUCGAGCACGCGGCGGACGUAUGAAG